AUGCCGUUCAUGUUCAGUGUAGCAGUUGCUGUUAAAUGUGCAGGUGUAGGUGCAUUUGUAGUAGCUGGUGUUGUGGCAAUUGCAGAUGUAUGGGUGGUUUUAGUAGCAUUAGCCUUUGCAUGGUUGGUUACAGUGGCAUUUGCAGAAGCAUUGGCAGUUCUAGCUUCAGUUGCAGUUGCUGUUGCAUUUGCAGUUGCCAGUGCAUCAGAAUCUGAGGCAAAUGUUGCUAAAGUUUUAGAUACAGUUUCAUUUGCCGUUGCUAUUUUAUAUGCAGUUACGGUUGCAUGUUUAGUUGCAGUUGCAUUCGCAGUUGAAUGUGCAGUAGCAGUUGUAUUUGCCAAUGCAUGUGCAAUUGCCGGGGCAUAUGUAGUUGCAGUGGCAGCUUAUUUUGCAGUUUUAUUUGCAGUUAAAGGUAAAGAUGAUGUUUCAGUUGCUUGUUUAGUAGUAGUUGCAACUGAAGGUUAUAGUGCCGUUGCAGUUGCUGUUUCAUUUGACGUUAAAUGUGCAGUUUUAGAUACAGUAUCAGUUUUACGUGCUGUUAGAGUUGCAUUUGUAGUUGCAUGUGUGUGUGCAGUAGCAGUUGCAAUGGCUUUUGCAGCUUUAUGUGCAGUAGCAGUUGCAAUGGCCUUUGCAGCUUCAUGUGCAGUUGCUGAUGCAUUUGCAAUUGCUGGUGCAUGUGCAGUUGCAUUUUUAGUAGCAGUCUCUAAUUCAUGUGCAAUUAUUAGUGCAAGUGCAGUUGCAGUUGCAUUUGCAUUUCCCGGGACAAGUGCAGUAGCAUUUCCCUUUUCUGUUGCAGUUGCUGUUUUAUGUACAGUUGCAGUUGUAUUGGUAGAGGCAUGUGCAGCGGCAGUUGCAGUUGCUGUUGCAUGUGCCGGUGUUGAUGCAUUUUCAAAUGCAGGUGCAGUAGCAAUUGCAGUUAUAUGUGCUGUUGCAGUUGCAGCUAAAGUUACAUAG